UGAAUGAAUGAAUGAAUGAAUAAAAACCCACACCAGCCCCACCAAUAACAACUGUAAUUAUCAUCAUUCAUUAUACUAUUGCAACAAAUUAUUGUUUUAAUGUGUAGCCUUAAAUCUUUGUAUAAACAAUAGCAUAUGUUAUUUUUUAUACAGUUCUUCGGUAAUUUGUUUUUUAAUUCUCUUGUUUUUUCGCGCUCGAGCUGUUCAUCUCUUCCUCUCUCACCUGGGCGGAAGUACGCCUUGAUACUCGGCCAGCAACCUUGAGGACUAAUGGGGAUUCUGUUACUGAGCCUUUUUCUUCACUACUGGCUUAGCACAGUAGAAGGCAGCUGUGGGGCAGAAGGCGCGCGGACGUGUGGCGAGUGCGUGCAGCUGGGGCCCCAGUGCGCGUGGUGCUCUCUACAGAAUUUCACAGAUUCUUUAGUGGUGAGCGAGCGCUGUGGUACGCGUGAGGAGCUUCUCCUUCGGGGAUGUCCACAAGAGUUCAUCCAGUUCCCAGUGAAUACCAUGGAGCUCCUGGCUGACAGGCCGUUAGGGAAAAGUGCAGACCCUACUAAUAUGUCCUACAUUUCACCGCAGAGGAUGGCGCUCGAUCUUCGGCCAGGAACCCAAGUGACCUUUCAAAUAAAAGUACAACACCCAGAAGACCAUCCAGUUGAUAUCUAUUACCUUAUGGACCUCUCAGCUUCAAUGUAUGAUGAUCUGCAGAGAAUCAGAAACCUGGGCUCGACUCUUUCUAAAGAAAUGGCAAGCCUCACGAGUAAUUUACAGUUGGGAUUUGGUUCAUUUGUAGAGAAGCCAGUUCUGCCGUACAUUAAAAUCACUCCAGAAGAGCUGGCAAACCCCUGCAGAAGCGUAGAAUAUGUCUGCCCACCCACGUUCGGAUACAAACACGUCCUUCCAUUAACAAGCAGUACGGACCAGUUCAAUCAGAUCAUUUCUAAACAGCACGUCUCAGCAAACAACGACAUUCCAGAGUGCGGCUUUGAUGCCAUCAUGCAGGCAGCAGUGUGUGGGGAUAAGAUUGGGUGGCGGAAUGAUUCCAUGCGCCUGCUGGUUUUUGCAAGUGACGCGGACUCUCAUUUUGGAAUGGACAGCAAAAUGGCCGGCAUCGUCAUUCCCAACGAUGGACAAUGCCACCUAGACAGCAACAAUGAGUAUUCAAUGUCAGGCCACUUGGAGUAUCCAACCUUAGGACAGCUUAUAGACAAGCUGGUAGAAAACAACAUCCUCCUCCUUUUUGCGGUAACAGAAAAUCAGAGGCAAACCUACAAGAACUAUGCAAGUCUAAUUCCUGGUGCAACCGUGGGUGUGUUGGAAAAUGAUUCCCGGAACAUUCUUGAACUGAUCUUGAGUGCAUAUAAGGAGUUGAGGUCCGAGAUUGAGAUGGAGGUUAUGGGGGAGACGGAAAAUCUUCAGAUUUCCUUCACUGCUAUCUGUCCAGAUGGUACAGUGCAUCCGGGGCUUAAACACUGCACCAACGUGAAAGCUGGAGACACAGUGUCUUUUAAUGUGACGGUGGAGCUGGACAGCUGUCUGGACGCUCCACAUCAUUUCACCCUGCGGCCCGUGGGCUUCCAGGACACACUGGAGGUGGAACUUGAGUCGAUGUGUGUGUGCGAUUGCCAGAGGACUGCCGACCUGAACAGCACACACUGCAGUAAAGGAAAAGGAGCACUGGAGUGUGGUGCUUGUAUAUGUGACCCAGGGUUCAUAGGUUCCAGGUGUGAGUGUGCAGAGGAAAAAGGUCAAGUCAGUGACUGCAGGGCAAACGAUAGUGCAGAAGUGUGCAGCGGGCAGGGCGAGUGCUUUUGCGGCCAGUGCUCGUGCAACCCGUCCAGCUUUGGGCUUGUGUAUGGAAAAUACUGCGAGUGCGACAACUUCUCCUGCCUCCGAUUCAGAGGGAAGCUGUGUGGAGGUCAUGGAGAGUGUGACUGUGGUGAGUGUGUGUGCGAUGAGGGUUGGACAGGCGAGUAUUGCAACUGCAGCACUAGCACACACUCCUGUGAGUCAGCGGAUGGGUCGGUCUGCAACGGCCGUGGAAAGUGUGUAUGUGGGAAGUGCGAGUGUAACGUUCCCGGAGCUUCAGGGGAAAAGUGUGAGAAGUGCGCUACAUGCGCAGAUGUCUGUAGCUCAACCAGGUCUUGUGUGGAGUGUUAUCUGAAAACUGAUACACCCUCAGAAGAGUGUGUCAAUAAGUGUAACGCUGUUCAUACCACUGUCACCAACUCUACAGACACAGACGAGAGCCACGCAGUGAUGUGUGCUAUCCGUAGUGAGAACGAAUGUCUGAUCUCCUUCACAUUCGUGAGUGGUGAAAAGGGCAGCACCGUGUACAAGCUCAGGCUUGACUGUCCAAAGCCUCUAAAUAUCGCCAUGAUCGCUCUGGGUGUUUGUAUGUCUGUACUCACUAUUGGCAUUAUCCUUGCGGUGGUUUGGAAGCUUUUCAUAUAUGUCCACGACCAAAAGGAGGUUGCCAAGUUUGAGGCAGAGAGAGCAAAAGCAAAAUGGCAAUCAGGCACAAACCCUCUUUUCCGCAGCUCAACAUCAACAUUUAAGAAUGUAGCCUAUAAACAUACAGUUAAACAGAAAGAUGAAAUCUGCUGACCAGCCUAAAGGACAGACUAAUGUCAUCUGCUGACUGUUAUGGUAUGGUGUGUGUACGUGUGUGAAUAUAUGUGUGACUUUUUUUUUUUUUCUCAGAGCCAGGCUGUGGGAAAUAUUUUGUAUUGUUAAUAUAUUUGCUGCUAAAUGAAGUCAGCAAAUGCACAAUUGUUAUGAACUUUGAUAAAAAAAAAAGUGUGAGAAAACUGUAUAUUUUCAUUUCAUGGAAAAAUACUUCAGUUUAUUGAUUGUUCAGUGGAAUUAGCUAAAAUUGCACACUCUAGAUUUCUUCUUUUUAUUGAUAGCAAUACUGCGCUGUGUGUACACAGAUUGUGUAUUCUCCCCGUGCGUUGGGGGUUUCCUUCAGAUACACCAGUUUUCUCCCUCAGUCCAAAAACAUGUACAUUAGGUUGAUUGUUAAUUCUAAAUGGUCCAUAGGAGUAUGUGUGGUUGUCUAUCUAUAUGUGUGGCCCUGUGAUGGACUGGCCGCCUGUCCAGGGUGUACCCCUGCCAUUUGCCCAAUGUGUGCUGGGAUAGGCUCCAGCAGAUCCCCGUGACCCUAAUUAUGAAUAAAGCAGGUAUAGAAAAUGGAUGGAUGGAUGGAUGAUAGCAAUACUGCGCUGUGUGUGCACAGUUUGUGUAUUUUGGGGGGUUUCCUCCAGGUACACCAGUUUUCUCCAAAGACAUGAGCUGUACGCUGAUUGGUAUCUCUAAACUGUCCUAUCCUUUUGGAUAGACUCCAGGAUCCCUGUGACCCUGUGUAGGAUAAGCAGUAAAGAAAAUAGAUGAGUGGAUGGAUGGAUUUCACCAUUGUGUCAUAAAUUUAUCAAAAGAAAAAGGAGACAAAAAAAAGAGAGAAGAAAACACGUUUUGGCGGUUCGUCUGACCAAAGCAGCUCUGUUUUUGUUCUUGUUUUCAGUGUUGAAAUGUGGAGGAUGUCCUGACCACAGCAUGUAAUCUUUGACACGUUUUAUUUCCUGAUAAAAAAAAAACAAAACAAGAAGUUCACACAAAACUUUAGGUUCUUCAAAGUAGUGUCUGCCAUCUUGGACGAUUACAUUUACCAUUUUGGGUUUAAGGUUUAAGUGUUGUUGCACGCAUAAACAUCUUUGUAAACUCAUCAUCUUGUCGUUUUGAUCUCUGGGGUGUGAUUUUAAUCCAAAGUGUUGAUGAUACUUUUGCAGGCUUCCUGACUGGAUUUCGUUCUAUGCUAUCUACUGUAAGUCAGAACACUGGACAUAUCAUAUCGGUUUAGCCUUCACUUACAAGACUUUCUGAUUGUUGUAGUGUGUGUGUGUUUGUGUGUGUGUUAUGUUGUGGUGUUGUUAAAAUGUGGCCUAUAUGAAUGACUACACUGAGGCUGAGCCUUGUGCUGUUUUAAUGUCCUAAGUUAAAUUUUCAACCACGAAUAAAGUUGGAUUUUUGCU